UCAGUGUGUAGUGUAUUCAGGUAUACUAUACUACAGCAAACAGCUGCUGUGCUGUUGUGAUAAUCGAUAAAAACCGAAAGUGGUCUGGCGGCUGUGUAGCCGUAGUACGCACGAGUUAGUUUACGCUUUGUUACGACAUUGUUUUAUUAAGCUCAACGACAAUUUCGAGUUUUACAUUUGGCGAUUUAUUUCGUUUAUUCAUAUUAUUGUUUUGAAAUGGAAACUAUGCCUGUAAAAAUGAACCCAAGAGGAAAGUUUAUUUCGUCAUCUCAAAAAGAAUUAAUAAUUAUUGCUUACAAGAAAAAAAUUGCCCAACAUCCAGGUCUUAAAAAAGUAGAACUGCGAAAAAUGUUAUCCAAAGAGCUAGGAAUCGGACAAAGGACAAUAUCUUCGACUAUUCUCGAGUACGAAAAGUAUAAAACAGUUUCUUCUCCCAAUAGGAAAAAAAAUAGAGACAGCAUCAACGCCAAAAUUGACGAGUUCGACAAAUAUGCAAUUAGGAGAAUAAUUCACGGUUUUUGGUUUGAAAAACAAUUUCCUACAUUGGAUAAAAUUUUGUCACGUAUAAACUCAACUGAAGGACUGCCUAAAUUUACCAGAAGCUCUUUAUACUUGCUGCUACGAAAUUACAUGGGUUUCGAAUAUGUGAAACGCAGUCGAAAUAACGCUAUGGUUGAAAAUGAUGGGAUAGUUGUAUGGCGUAGAAACUACCUGGAAACAAUAAAGAAAUAUCGAAAUGAAGGUCGUCCAAUAUAUUUUAUGGACGAGAUGUGGAUAAAUUCUGGAGAAUGUACUAUUCGUACGUCACGCCGAGAUGCUUUUGAUGCAGGCCUUUCAACCAGUCCAGUUGGUCCCAGUGUUAAAGGUAAACACAUGAUUGUUGUUCUCGUCGGAAAUGAAGACGGUUUUGUGCAGGAUAGUCUUUUGUGUUUUGAAUCUAAGCACAAAAAAAAUUAUUACCAUGACGAAAUGAGUGGUGACGUUUUCUUGGAGUGCUUGGAAAGUGUUUUGCCACGUUUAAAAGACAAUGCCGUUCUUGUUAUGGACAGCGCUCAACACCAUUCGGUAAAACUUGACAAAGCCCCGACUAGUACAACAAAAAAGGCGGAUAUUAUCAAGUGGCUCCAAGAAAAAGGAGAAAUUAUUGACAAGCCAAUGGUCAUAGCUCAACUUAUGACCAUAGUUCGCAGAGUUAAACCAUUGUAUGAAAAAUAUUCUGUAGACGAAUUUGUCAAACAGCACAACAAGGAUGUUCUACGUAUUCCUCCUUAUCAUUGCGAGCUCAAUCCGAUACAAAUGGCUUGGUCAGUUGUGAAAAACCAUGUCCAAAUGCACAACACCGCCAACAAACUCCCUGAUGUCCGACGAUUGUUAGAGGAAGGUGUAAAGAAGGUAAAUGGCGAUAUGUGGAAAAAAUUGAUCAGCCAUGUUGUCGAUGAAGAAAAAAGGUUAUGGGACAUGGAUUUCAUUAUUGAUGACAUGUUAGCAGAACAUAAGUCCUUGGAUGUUUCUUAUUCAGAUUAUUACAAUAAAUCGGUAGAAGACGUGAUCAAACUGCAAGAAAAUAAAGAUAAAAAAGAUGAUACUUCACAAUUCUGUUCUGGUAUUAAAACGAACGAUGAGGCAAAAAUCGUAGUCAAGCUAAACGAAAUCGAUGGAGAGCAGGCUGUCAAUCCGAAAGAUCACGUGGUCAUAAAGCAAGAAAACAAAAAUAAAUUUGACCAACUCUCACAGCUGUGUUUGCCAAAUAAUAAUGAAAUGAUCGAAGUCGAGUCAAUUAAAGUAGAAGUAGAUGAAACGGAUGAUUGUUACUAUAGUUCAUUGAUAGAAAUAAAGGAAGAAUAUAGUCCGUUUAAUAGUACUACAGACUUUUCAAAUGAUAUGAUGCCGGACCACUAUGAAAAUUCGUACAAUAGUAGUCCAGAACAGUCCUAAAAAGAUCGAGAAAAAUAAAUAAAGGAUUUUUCUCGCCGAAUCGAAACCGAUCUCAGAUUUUAUACAACACCACAUCAAGUUUUGUUGUAUUAAUUGAUGUUUUCUUUUAACUGUUAUGUAUUUUUCAAAAUAAGUUUAAAAGUUGUUUAAACAUAAAUUGUAAAAUAUUUGUUUUUGCCGAGUUCAAAAAGUCUCGGAAUCAUUAUUAUUAUAAAAAUCACAAAUACAUUUUUUCUAGAUUAAUAAAAAUGUA